AUGUCAGACAAUAUACCAAUUGAACUUCAGGAGGAAAUAAUGAAAAGGCUUCCUGUGAAAUCGCUGAUUCAAUUCCGAUCCGUUUCCAAAUCAUGGAAGUCUCUCAUUGACAGCUCUCAUUUCAUUGCUGAUUACAAUGGAGGACAGCCGCAACUGCAACUGCAAGAGCAACAUCUAUUUGUAAGGUAUCAAAAUAAGGUUGGUAUAAAUGAUGAGCGAAAAUAUGAUUCAAUUGUUGAUGAUGAUAGUUUCCCCCACCGUAGAGUCUCCUUUACUCUUCCUCGAUGUGUUAAGAUGCUUAUUGAUUCUGAAAAUGUCGGCAGCUCUCACGGCCUGAUGUGUUUGUACAGCCGUUAUUUCGAGGUCUUUGGUGUUCGUAGGGACGUGGCUGUUGUUUGGAAUGUAUUAAUUGGUAAAGCAGUUGCUGUUGCUGUGCCUAAUGUGGGAGAUGCUAGUAGUCAUAUGUAUGCAACUGCUCUAGGCUUUGGGGUUUGUCCUGAGACUUUUGACCCUAAGAUUGUCAAGAUCAAUUAUGUUAAUCCCUACAGGUGGGAUGGUGAUAUCGAGAGUAUAACUUCCAUCCCUCAUCAGGUUGAGGUUUUUACGCUUAGCACAGGGACUUGGAGAAGUCCAUAUGGCGGCAGCAGCAAUCUUCCUCGUAAAUCAAUUCAGUUUUCGGACUUUUAUAGCAUAGUUAUAGAUGGAGUUUUGUAUUCGGUUGCUACUGAUAGGAUUAAGACAGAUGCUGGAACUGAGUCUUCUAAUCUGAUUGUUUCGUUUGAUUUGACAAGUGAAGAGUUUAAAGAAAUAUACCUCCCACCUCGUUUAGAAGACUACCAAGUACAUGCGUUUAGGAAGAGUGGUGAAUCUAUAGUUGUAAUUUUAGACGAUGAUUGUGAAUCAUUUGAUGAUGAUAUAUCACUUGUUCUUUAUGAACCCUUCACAAAACGCAUCACUAAUCUUGGGAUAAAGGGAACAGAGCAUGUUCCAACUUUUAUGCGUUACUACAUGGAAACAUUACUUCUGCUAGAUCAGCCAAAUGAUAUGAUUUAUGACAAAGGUGAGAAGAGAAGGCUUGAAUCAUACAUGCAAAGGACUUGA